AUGGAACUCGCCCGACACGACGGCUGUGCUCUCUCGGCGGUCAACUACAAUUUCAUCAUCCAAGGCUUCAUCAGGUGUGGCAGGCUAGCUGAGGCCACCCAGCUUUUCGAGAGCACUAUGACCAAGGAGAGCGUCCCGGAUGUCUUCACGUACAACCUGCUCAUAGGUGCUCAAGGCAAGGCUGGCAACAUGGACAAAGUGUGGGAGCUACUGUCGACAAUGCAACGAGCAGGCUGCCAACCGGACCACUGCACGUUCAACAGCAUCCUGCACGGCAUGCGGAGGGCGGCCAGGAUUGACGACUUCCACAGGCUGUCGGCUGAGAUGGCCAAGCACGCUGUACUCCCCACGGUGCACAUGGCCAACGUUCUCGUCACUUGCCUUGCUCACGCCGGCAAGAUGGAGGAGGCCUUGGAUUUCCUGAGGGAAUUCCCUGGCGGUGCUAUUGAGGUGCCCGGCUACAACACUCUGAUUGCCGCCUUGGCCAGGGCUGGCAAAUUCGACGAGGCGUGCAACGUGUUUCUGGAGAUGAAGGAGCUCAGUGUGGCCACGUGCGACUUGCUGCUCAGCGGCCUUGUUGACGCAGGAAGGAGCGAUGACAUAGAGAGGGUGAUCAGCGAGGCCAGAAGCGUGGGCCUUGCGUCAGAGGACGUGAUGUACAGCUCCCUCAUCAGGGUUCUGUGCAAGAAAGCCGGGGGGCUUGAGGAUGCCCGCAGGUACUUGCGGCUGAUGCAAGGGAAGGGGCUCUGCCUCUCAUCAGCUGGGCACGGUUCCUUGCUCACAGCUCUGUGCAAGUCAAAGCAGCUCGAGGAAGCCUUGACCCUUUUUCAAGAGGCGGAGCAAGGAGGAGUCGUUCUGGAUGUUUUCACGUACAGCUACCUCAUGGAUGCUUUUGGAAAGGCAGGGAGAGCGGCCAAGGCUUUGGAGGUGUUUUAUAACAUGCAAAAGGCGGGUUGCAUGCCCGACACCGUUGUUUACAACGUGUUGAUCAGCUGCCUCGGUAAGCAGGGUAAAGUUGACGAAGCGCUAGAGCUGCUCGAGGACAUGAACAGGAAAGGGAUCAUGCCAGAUUGCCGCACCUACAACAUCGUCAUCGAUGUUCUGAGCAGCUGCGGGAGGUAUGAGAAGGCGUACAGCUUCUUCGGCAUGAUGAAGAGAAGGAAGCAUUCUCCGGACGUGGUCACCUACAACACUCUCCUCAACGGCCUUAAAAAGCUGCGCAGGACCGACGAAGCUUGCGAUCUGUUCGACGAGAUGCAGGCCAACAAGUGCAUGCCAGACUUGACGACCUUCGGAACGCUCAUCGAUACUCUUGCCAAGGCUGGAAGAAUGGAGGACGCCCUUGAGCAAAGCGCUCGACUCGUGAAGAUGGGCCACGCUCCAAACUCGUACAUAUACAAUGCCCUCAUCUCCGGCUUCUGUAGGAGCGGUCAAGUGGACAAGGGGUACGAACUGUUUCAGGACAUGAUUGAAUGCAGCUGCUUCCCCGACUCCAUCACCUAUACCAUCUUGGUGCUUGGUUUCAGCCGGCGGGGCCACACGAGCAUGGCCAUGGAGCUGCUCCAGGAGAUGGUGAGGGAGGGGCACACACCUGCCCUUGCCACCUAUAACGUGCUCAUCCGGAGCUUGAGCAUGGCCGGGCAAGUGGAAGACGCGUACACACUCUUCAAGGAGAUGAUUGCCAAAGGCUUCAACCCAGACAUGCAAACGUACUCGGCGCUUCCCAACCUCAGCACUCCCAACAAAAGCGUGUAG